AUGGAUUCAACAAUCAUGUUUAUUUGUAAGUAUGGGUUGCAGAUUCUUCCGGUGAGGUUAUCGGGUGGUGCUAGGUUGAAUGAUGUUUUAAGCAGCAUUCGUAAUAGGUGGAAGAAUCUGUCUGUUGGUGGGUUUUCUGUUUCAUAUGCUUAUGAGGAUGGUUAUUGUGCUCUUCAGAAUGAAUAUGAUUUUGAGAACAUGCUUUUCUUGUUUACUAAUUGUGAUCGCAUAAAUGCGAAGGUUGAUGAAAAUAAACAUAGUAGCAUGUUAAUUACUGGUAGUAACAGUAAUGAAGAAGCUGAUGUUGAUGAAGUUGUUGAUGAUGAGUUAGAAUAUGUGGAUAGAAUGGACCCCGCGGAAAAAUAUUGUAAACAUGCGGAGACUAGGUAUUUGACGGAAGAUUGGGCUGAUUUGAUAGAGGGUGUUGGACAAGAAUUUCCCUUAGGUGUGAAGGAGUUCAGGGCUGUGCUGGCUAAAUAUGCGAUUGAAAAUGGCUUUAUGUACCGUUUCGUAAAAAAUGACUUACUUAGGGUGACGGCUGUUUGUGUUAUUAUAGGGUGUGAAUGGAAUGUCCAUGCUAUUUUAAAUAGAACCAAUGGAGUAUUUCAUAUUAAAAAGUGUCAUAAUGAGCAUAAUUGUGGUUCAACAUAUCGAACCAAUAAGCAUAAGCGCGUGUCAUCCCGUCUGGUUGCGAAUGAGAUAGCUGGGAUUAUUGAGAAAAAACCCAAGACUUCUCCAAUUGACAUGCUGGAUUGGUUCACGGACAAGUAUGGGCUUGAUUUGUGCUAUCAUAGUGCUUGGUUAGGUGUUGAGAAGGCAAGGGGGGAAUUAUAUGGAGAUUAUGAAGGUUCAUUCGAUAGGCUUCGGUGGUACGUUGAAGCUGCAAGGGCUACGAAUCCGGGUAGCGUAUUGAGGCUUGAAUCUGAACCUGUAACCAAGGAGUUUUCGCGGCUGUUUGUAUCGUUUGACGCUUGUAUCAAGGGGUUCAACUAUUGUCGGCCUUUUUUGUGUCUUGAUGCCACCCAUCUGAAAGGUAGAUUUAAAGGAACACUCCUUGCCGCAACAGGGAAAGAUGCAAAUCAAUGUUUAUUCCCUAUAGCUUUUGCAAUUUGUGACGCUGAAAAUGAUGCUAAUUGGACUUGGUUUCUUGGCCUUUUGAGGAGUAUAUUGUCCACACGUUCUAUUACAUUUAUUACUGAUCGUAACGCAGGUCUUGUCAACAAUAUUCCUGUUAUGUUCCCCGGUUGUCAUCAUGCAUACUGUCUUUAUCACCUACAGUUUAACUUGAAGGAUCACUUUCCUGGGCGGUUUAGAAAAGGUUUUCGGAAUAGGCUCGUUGAAUUGUUCAACAAAUGUGCAUAUGCUUCAUCGGUGUCGGUUUACAAAGCUGCUGAGGAAGAAUUUUACCAAUUUGGUGGAGAAAAAGCUAGGACCUUUAUUGCGAGUGUCCCCAAAGAGCAUUAG